ACCUUUUCCUAUCACACAUUCACAUCAAAUAAAAGAAUGAAUAAAUCAUUUAGUUAAGUUAAUAACCACUUGAUAGAUCAUCAUAGGUCCCAAACACUCGAUCAACUUUUCCUUUUCCUUUUCCUUUUCCUUUUCCUCUUUGAGAUCAAAGUCUUUUUUUUCAUACUAUCCAUAUUCCACAUGAAACGAGUGCAUACAAAACAGAACAGCCAACUGUCCGUCUAUUGUGAAGUCUCAUGAUUACCCGCCCACUGUGUUUCAAAAUAUUCCAUAGAAUAGCCGUACAACGCUCAAGAAACCUCAAAAGCUUCCACUCAUUACAACAUGAACACAAGCUGUUCGAGAAAAUUCCUCAGCCAAAUAAUUUCUCCAUCCACCAUUCUAUGCUCGCAUGUGUUAAAAAAAAUAGUCAAUUUGAAGCUCUUGACAUCUUCAAGCAACACCUUCAGUUGAGUUCUAUCAAUGUCGACGAAGUUACAGUUGCCAUCGCUCUCAAGGCUUGCCGUGGAGACCCAAAACUUGGGGAUCAAAUCCACGGUUUUGCUAUAACUUCUGGGUUCAUUUCGUAUGUCACAGUAUCGAAUUCUUUGAUGAACGUGUAUUGCAAAUCAGGACAAUUCGAUCGAGCAUUAUGUAUUUUUGAGAACUUGAGCAACCCAGAUAUUGUUUCUUGGAACACUGUGCUUUCGGGCUUUCGAAAUGGCGUUGAUGGAUUGAAUUUUGCUUGUCGGAUGAAUUUUAUUGGGAUUGCUUUUGAUGCUGUGACUUGUACUACUGUUCUCGCCCUUAGCACAGACAAUGAAGAGUUUCUUUUCGGAACUCAGUUGCAUUCUAUUAUUAUAAAAUCUGGAUUAGAGUGUGAAGUUUUUGUAGGAAAUGCGCUUAUAUCAAUGUAUGCAAAAUGGGGUCGAAUAGUGGAAGCUGAAAGAGCGUUUGAUGAAAUGCCUAAUAGAGAUUUGGUUUCUUGGAAUGCUAUUCUAUCGGGUUAUACGCAGGAGGGAAAUUAUGGAUUGGAAGCUAUUUGGGCUUUUAUUGAAAUGGUGAAAGAAGGGAUAAAGCUUGACCAUGUCUCUUUUACUGGCGUGGUUUCAGCUUGUGGCCAUGAGAUAAACUUAAAGCUUGGGAGACAGAUACAUAGUUUGACAAUAAAAAGGGGAUACGGAAAACAUGUUACAGUUUGUAAUGUUUUGAUGUCAAUGUAUUCGAAGUGUGAGGUCGUAGAAGAUGCAAAGUUGGUCUUUCGACACAUGAUUGAUCGCAAUGUAGUCUCUUGGACAACAAUGCUAUCUAUAACUGAAGUAGAUGCUGUGUCUUUAUUUAAUGAUAUGAGAUUGGAUGGAGUUUAUCCAAAUGAUGUGACAUUGGUUGGAUUAAUCCACCACAUUACAAUUAAUAAUUUGGUGGAAGAAGGCCGGAUGAUUCAUGGUUUUUGUAUACAGAGUAGCUUUUUAUCGGAACAUAAUGUUGCUAAUAGCUUCAUAACCAUGUAUGCUAAAUUUCAGUCCAUGAAGGACUCCAUGACGAUUUUUGAAGAGCUUAGCUACAGAGACAUUAUAUCCUGGAAUGCUUUAAUUUCUGGGUACACUCAAAAUGGGCUGUGUCAAGAAGCCGUACAUACAUUCCUGUCAGCAACAACGGAGUCCCAUCCAAACGAGUUUACAUUUGGCAGUGUCUUUACUGCAAUUGGAACUGCCGAGGCCAUUUCUCUAAAACAUGGACAAUGGUGCCAUUCUUACCUGAUAAAGCUUGGACUGAACACACACCCCAUUGUUUCUGGUGCUCUCCUUGGCAUGUAUGCAAAGCGGGGGAGCAUCACAGAGUCACAAAGAGUUUUUAGUGAGAUACACAACAGAAGUCAAGUUGCUUGGACUGCAAUAAUCUCUGCACACGCAAGUCAUGGCGACUAUGAAUCAGUGAUGGGUUUGUUUAAGGAGAUGGAAAGGGACUUAGUAAGACCUGACUCGAUCACUUUCCUCUCUAUAUUAGCAGCAUGUGGAAGAAAGGGUAUGAUUGAAAAGGGGCAUGAAAUUUUUGACUCAAUGGUUAAGGACCAUUUGAUUGAACCAUCCCCGGAGCAUUAUUCUUGUAUGGUGGAUAUGUUGGGGAGGGCAGGGAGGCUUAGGGAGGCAGAGGAGUUUAUGGGUCAGAUUCCGGGAGGCCCCACGUUGUCUGUGCUGCAAAGUUUGCUUGGGGCUUGUAGAAUACAUGGGAAUGUGGAGAUGGGUAGGAGGAUGGCUGAUGCUUUGAUGGAAAUGGAGCCUGAUGAGUCUGGUUCUUAUGUGUUGAUGUCAAACUUGUAUGCUGAGAAAGGUGAGUGGGCAAAGGUGUCAAACAUUAGGAAAGGGAUGAGAGAAAGGGGAAUGAAGAAGGAAGUGGGAUUUAGUUGGGUGGAUAUUAGUGGUUCCUUAUAUAUGCAUGGGUUCUCAUCAGGUGACAAGUCCCACCCAGAGUCUGAGGAGAUAUAUAGGAUGGCACAGCGGCUUGGAUCGGAAAUGAAAAGUUUAGAGAGAGAGAAAGAGUUUUUAGGAUUUAACCUCAAAAGACAAGUGUACUUGGAUCUCUCAAUGUAGAGUCAAAAUAUGCAAUUGUUCGAGAUGAAAAAAUGAAUUGAAAGUCCUUCCAAAUAAGUGUCAUAUAUAUAUAAU